GAAGGUUGUGUUCGACGAGCGUCUGAUACACGCGACUUCUUUUUUUCGGCAUCCGGUGAAUCCUUCGGGAUAUUUCUAUUCUAUCUCGACUUCUGUCGCUUCUAUUCACAUCGCGAGAUGACAUCGUGAUCAAUCUAUUUAUCAUACGUUUAUUGUUGAGCGCGAGUUCGCAAACGUGUUAAUGUAAACUUUGAAUUAUCGUUUCGUAAUAAUCCAACGUAGACUGUCUUUAAAAAAAAAGUGCGACGGGUGAAAAUAAAGUCGCUGUGCACGGCAAAUUCCGGAAUCAUGAGAGCGUUUCUUCGUUGCUUCGCGUUCGUCACGGCGACCGCGGUGCUCGUCGUGUCGGAACCGAAUAACUUAACAAACUCACAGGUGACGAUUCUCAAGUGCUGUAGAUACGGUGAGGCGUUGCAACAAUCAGACGACAAUUCGGAUGAGAUACCGCAUUGCCAACCAACCAAGACCGUUUGGAAGCCAUUAAUUUAUUCGCGGAAAUCGCAAGGUUUUGUCUUUAUACUUGCCGAGUGGCGUAUUCUUGACGGUCGAAGACCGGAAUGUGACGAUCAAUCGGAGUUGAUUUUUCUACCUUCUCGAGUAAGUGCUCCGGUCUUCCUAAUGGAGGAGGACGGAGCCGCGAUGCCGGACCCAAACAAUCCCGACAAAAUUUCCGCCAAUCAUUACUGUACUGAUUCGAAUGGGCUGCUUACAUGUGAAAAAAAAUCCAUGGGCAAUCAUGCCGCCGCGACCAUGAGACCGCGAGUACGACGAUGCUGCGGCGAGAAUGCCACUUUCAACCAACAGAGAAAUGCAUGCGAGCAUUUGACGAAAGAGAUCGUUGAUGCUCCGCCGCUAUUGCCAAACGCGUCAUCUGUCGUCGAGAUCAUAACGGGUUUUCCUACUUGCCCGAAAUCAGACAACUUCACGAUUCUUGGGGAUACGAAGGAUGCUGUGUUGCAACCCGAUGGCGGUCUGGAGAUAAACGGGAUUGCUUUACCUACCAGCCAGUUUUGCGUUGAGAGGAUUAAAGAACUCAACCAGAUCGCCAAGGUGUUUGCCUGUCCAGAGCACGCACCACAAAGACCCGCGGUGCAAGCGACGGACAUCAGAUUUACCUUAUACCCCUUGGGCUUCAUCAUUAGUGCCAUCUUCCUGGCCGCCACCCUGGCGGCCGGUUGUCUGCUACCAGCCUCUCAUCACGUUCUGCACUGGCGCUGCCAGACUCAUCAUGUCGCCUGCCUGAUGAUGGGCGAUAUACUCAUGGCCAUCAUUCAACUUGCUGGGGAUUCCCUUCAUGGUGUAAGCUGCAAAGCACUCGCGAUCAUGGCGCACUUCUUCUUCCUGGCUGCUUUCUUCUGGCUGAACACGAUGUGCUUCAACAUCUGGUGGACAUUCAGGGAUUUGAGACCGGUGAGCCUGGAGAAAGGUCAGGAGACUCUCAGACUGAGAGUUUACGCUUGUUACGCCUGGGGUGGGCCCCUCCUGGUUGCCGGGCUGGCGGCCCUCCUGGACCAUCUCCCGCCUCAGCCGCAGUACACGUUCUUGAGGCCCCGCUUCGGCGAAAAGCAGUGCUGGUUCUACGGUGACAUGGAAAUCUUGGCUUACUUCUUCGGGCCAGUAGGAGUGCUUUUAGCUAUAAAUCUUUUAUUCUUUGCCGUAACUGCCCGCGAAUUGACAUGUGGUCUCUGGAAAGGCGAAUUCGUAAAAAGCACCACCGAGAGGGCGACGCUCGGCCGCAUAUGCAUGAAGCUGGUAAUCGUGAUGGGCAUCACCUGGGUGGCUGACGUGCUUUCCUGGGCGGUCGGUGGGCCGCAAUACAUCUGGUACGUCACCGACUUGAUAAACGCCUUUCAAGGAGUGCUGAUCUUCGUGGCAGUCGGCUUUCAGCCGCAAGUCCGCGCGGCCGUGAAGAGAUUCUUCAGCAGAAAUCCGCAGAUCAACGCCGGUCGUCAGGGUAACGGCCACAGCACCACCAGCCACGGCAUGCCCAGCAUGGGCGACAGCGUCACGCAGAAUCCAAGCACCAAGACCGCGCCGUUGGAGACCAUCUGUUAGGACGGUCCGUCGCGUUCAUAAGCUCAACAAUUUUACACUCGAGAUGUGUCUAACAGACAAGACACUGUACAGAUGUCUGUAUACAUCCGUGACGUAUUUAUCACAAGCACGACGCGAGAAGAAGUGCAGAACGUUUUGAACGACGGGUGUUAGACAUCCAGACAAGACAAAUGUCUGAACGACACUGCGAAGGCAUCUAGAAGAUGUUCCACUUUUUCGACGUCUUUUAAUUGUCUUUUGGAUUUGUUAUUUAUUUAGAUUUUUCUUGUUAUAUUCCGGUAAUACUUCUUUCAGAACUUCUAGUUCUAGAACUUCUUUGGUAAUGUCUGCUUUUAGUAACAGUCAGUCUUUCAUUUAAAACGUAUUUGAUUUUUUCGAUUAUCGCAUCUUCAUCAAACUGCACUUCGUGUUUUGUUGGAUUACAUUAACAUCAAUAUUUUUGUUAUCGUUAAGGAUUAUUGAACAUUUUUGUGGACGGAUAAUCGCUCAGACGACACAUAGUAAGUUUAAUUGCAAACAUUUUAAUUUCUUUUCUUUUUUAAUUUUAUUAAUUUCUAAACAUCUGUGUUUUAGCUAUUCGUAGGGUGAUGUAACGUCCAAUUAGGAGGACAAAUAUAUCUUUCAUUUAUUUUCCCGAACGAGAUAUUGCUAAUAAUUUUCAAUUUGUGUGAUCACUUUGUCACAAAUUAAUAUAAUAUGCAAACAUGUUAGAAGAAAUAUAUUCCGUAUAUCUUCCAAAAAAGGUUCAUCCAUGGUGUCGUAUAUCUUUCGAUAUAUCUUUACACUAAUCAAUAAUCCUUAACGGUCCAAUAAUAUUUCAAUAACGAAUAAUAAAUGAUGUUGCACAUUUUAUUGCCGCCAAGUACAAUCUGAACUUAACUUUUCUUCCGAAAUUCUCCAUUUAUCUGAAGAAAAAUCGAGCGUUCAAAAUUUACGUUCAGAAUUGUGAUUAGUGAAUUCGUUCAGCGAUUGCGAAAAUGCGCUAAGCACAUCCUCACGCGACUCCGAGUAAAAUCGAUCGAUACAAUCAUAAAUCAGAAUUUAAUAGUUGAUAUGUGGCUAACAGACAAUGACGCGCACUCUUCGGACCUUGGUAACCGACAGAAACAAUGCGUGAUUUAUGAUCGAGGCGAGUUAAUAUUUUUCCUUCGGCGGACAACGAUAUUCAUUGAUAUUAAUAAUAUCGGCCCACGAUGAGCGCAAGUAUCUCCGCAAGAUCAAUCAUUUCCAACAAUAAAGACAAUGGAGUGUCACUGCCGCGCUCGGAAAUGAAAAUUAGACGCUUCAAAAUUACACGGUUUUGUAUGAUCGCAUAAUUGCGCAAUUUCGCGGUUUCGUGAAACGAUUUCACAAGAGCCACUUUGUGAUAAUGUAAUCUAAUCCUUUAUAUCGACAAUUCGUCACGAUUGCUGCGUAAAUUAUAAUAGAAGAUUUCGAAAAUACAAUUUUACAACCGCAACGGACAUUGCGUUACAUUUAUUAUGACGUAAGAGCGUAACAGCAUUGACAGAAUGUUUGACGAGAGCCCGGCACGCACUUUCUGUAAACUUAAUGAUAAUUGGUCUCGAAAAAUCGAGACCAAAAAAAAGCAAAAAGAGCUGCGUAUCAAAGGAUGAUCGAGGUUCAUCUUGAGUUUCCUCCCGAGUCCUCCCUCCUUCCUUAUUCGUCGGAUGUUAUCGAAUCUAGGAGCAAUUGUUUUUCCGUUUCCUUUAACAUAAAUUUGCAUUGACGUCGUUAGACGGUCCGGCAGGACGGCGCUAUGCGGCCGGCAUUAACAUGUAACAUUGUAACUUUGGAACAAAAUUUAUCACUGAUCAGUCGGACCGUCCUGUUCGGCACCGAGCAUGUAAAAAAGCUCUAUUGCAUUGCGCGCUGCGUGAACGGCAUGUAAAAACGUUCCGCACGUUCGCGGUACAUGCAAUUUACCGGCAUGUGCGUCGCUCCACGCGCACACCAAUAAUGCGUUUAUGCAAUUGUUGAAAAGUAAAUAGUCCUUUUACACAAUGUCGUUCCGUCCUGUGGUUUUUACAUGAAAGGAAUUAAGCGCGGCAAUUUCAUUUCGAGUUGAAUUUCGGAAAUAUAUUCUCACUGACUGUAUGGUUUAUUAGAUUCUUGACGAAAUGUAGUGUCGAUUUUUUUUUUAGAUCUCUCAAGGAUUAAAUAAUUUUUAUGGCACGUUAUUGUAUUUUUUUUAU